GCGGUUGUGGUCGUGGAGGGUUUCUCGCGUGUAAUUUCGCGUAUAAAUAGUGGUGUGUUCGUGGUCUUGGCUGGCUAAUAACUCUGUUUAUUGUCAAACAGAAAUUUGCGGUGAAAUUUGCGUCAAUUACGAGCAUUUUUGAGCACGAUUAUUUGCCAUGUCGAGUGCGGUGCCCAAAGUUAGCCUGGGAAAUGGGUUCGACAUUCCAGCGCUGGGCUACGGGACGUAUUUGGCAAAGGAAGGUCAAGGGAUCGACCUGGUGAAGAAGGCAAUCGACGCAGGCUACCGACACAUUGACACGGCGUUCCUGUACGAGAACGAGGUUGAAGUUGGUCAGGCAAUUCGGGAUAAAAUCGCCGAAGGCGUCGUGAAACGGGAAGAUUUGUUUGUCACUUCAAAGCUAUGGAACACCUUCCACCGCCCGGAACACGUGGCCGCGGCCUUCCAGCGCUCGUUCGAUAUGCUCGACAUUGGCUAUAUCGAUCUGUACCUGAUGCAUUCGCCAAUGGGGUUGCAAUUUCAAGGCUACGAAUUCGGUGACAUGCAACCAAAGGAUGCCGAGGGAAAUUCGCUGUUUGACGAGGUCGACUACGUCGAAACGUGGAAGGCCAUGGAAAAGUUGGUCAAAAGUGGGAAGGUUCGCAGCAUUGGCUUGUCGAACUUUAACAGUGAACAGAUUGCUAGGAUUUUGGAGGUUGCUACAAUCAAGCCAGUGAACAAUCAGAUUGAGGUCAAUCCCGGAUGUAAUCAGAAAAGGUUGAUUGAGUUUUGUCGGGAGCGUGGCAUUACGGUGACGGCGUUUGGACCGAUGGGAAGGCCUCAUCGGGCGACUUAUGGGAAUAAAUCGGCUCUCGGGGAUGCAAAGGUGCUGGAGAUUGGACAGAAAUAUGGAAAGACUGAUGGACAAGUGAUACUUAGAUAUUUGAUUCAACUGGGAACCAUUCCAAUUCCUUACUCGACCAAGGAGGAGCGAAUCAAGCAAAAUUUUGACGUGUUUGAUUUCAGCUUGAAUGACGAGGAGGUGCAGUACAUGGACACGUUCCAGUCGGAAAGGACGCUCCCUUUUCCCCCACUGAAGAAGCACAAAUAUUACCCAUUUAAUGCGGAGUUUUGAUAUACUAGAUUUUGCUAAAAAUAAACUUUUUGUUAAAUUUCA